UCCCUCCUCCAACAAACAAACAGAACCCGGCUAUCAACAAAAUACGCGGAAAAAGAUUAAAAAAAAAAGAAGAAAAGAAAAGAAAAAAGAAAUCGAACCAGAGGACAGUUUCCGUCUGCAGUUCAAGCGUUCGUCGAAAUGCCAGACAAAGCCACGGAGUCGGCAAUGGAGUCAGCGACGGGCCCACACUUCAGCGGCCCUCUCCGCCUCUCGUCUUCAUCCGCUCCCUCCUCUCCCUCCUCAGCCAAGGCCGCCGCCGCCCAAAACGCCGACGAGGAUUCGAUGGAGGCCCCGAAGCAGCCCUUUGUGAUCGGGGUUUCGGGAGGGACGGCGUCGGGGAAGACGACUGUGUGCGAUAUGAUCAUUCAGCAGCUUCAUGAUCAUCGCGUUUUGCUCGUCAAUCAGGACUCAUUUUAUCGAGGUCUGACUGCUGAAGAAUCUGAACGUGCGCACGAAUAUAAUUUUGAUCAUCCAGAUGCCUUUGAUACAGAGCAACUUCUCAAGUGUAUGGGUGAACUCAAAAGUGGGCAAUCUGUUAAUAUUCCGAUAUACGACUUUAAAAACCACAGGCGUUGCUCUGAAAGUUUCCGAAAGGUCAAUGCAUCAGAUGUCAUUAUUUUGGAGGGGAUUCUGGUUUUCCAUGAUCAACGUGUUCGUGAAAUGAUGGACAUGAAGAUUUUUGUUGACACAGAUGCCGAUGUUAGGCUUGCCCGAAGAAUAAGGCGUGAUACAGUUGAGAGAGGUAGAGACGUGUGCUCGGUGCUUGAACAGUAUGGACGGUUUGUCAAGCCUGCUUUUGAUGAUUUUGUUCUGCCCUCAAAGAAAUACGCUGAUGUGAUCAUACCACGGGGAGGUGAUAACCAUGUUGCAGUGGAUCUAAUUGUACAACACAUUCGAACGAAGCUUGGGCAGCAUGACUUAUGCAAAAUUUAUCCUAAUGUAUAUGUCAUUCAAACAACAUUCCAGAUAAGAGGCAUGCAUACGCUUAUCCGUGACCGGGAUAUAACAACUCCUGAUUUUGUCUUCUAUUCAGAUCGUCUUAUUAGGCUGGUUGUGGAGCAUGGCCUUGGCCAUUUGCCAUUCACUGAAAAACAGGUUGUCACUCCGACAGGUUCUGUGUACACUGGAGUUGACUUUUGCAAGAAACUCUGUGGAGUGUCUAUUAUCCGAAGUGGUGAAAGCAUGGAGAAUGCGCUGCGGGCUUGUUGUAAAGGAAUAAAAAUUGGAAAAAUUCUCAUUCACCGUGAUGGAGAUAACGGUAAACAGCUCAUAUAUGAGAAGCUGCCAAAUGAUAUCUCAGAGCGGCAUGUUUUACUUCUUGACCCUGUUCUCGCCACAGGUAACUCGGCUAACCAAGCUAUAGAACUCCUUGUAAAGAAAGGUGUUCCAGAGAAUCAUAUAAUCUUUCUAAACCUCAUCUCUGCACCAGAAGGGAUUCAUUGUGUUUGCAGGCGUUUUCCUUCACUAAAGAUUGUGACAUCAGAGAUUGAUGCGGCAUUGAAUGAGGAAUUCCGAGUCAUUCCAGGGUUAGGGGAGUUUGGUGAUCGUUAUUUUGGCACUGACAUUUGAUAUCGGUUGGCUGAUUGAGAUUGAAACUGGUUGAUUAAUUUCAGUUGAUUUAAGAAGAGCAAAAUGAAUGAAUAGAAAAUAUGAUGAUACCUAUAAAGUGUCGCGUUCAGGAGGAGGGUAUUGGUAGGAUGAAACGUUACAUUCUGUAACUACAAUAAAGAGAAAUUUCUAUUGCAGUUGGAUACAAUGAGCAUUGAAAUAAUUCUAUGUCAAAUUGGAUCCAGAUAUUUUCUCUGAAGCUGAUCACAAAUUUG